AUGAACGAGCCUAUAACAGACUCGAAAGACACGGGAACACCAGUUCCAUUCCCUGAUAUAGUGGACGAUGAGACACCGAGACCUAAUCAGAAGAAGAAGUCGAACUCUACUCACAAGCGGUCAAUCUCAGGGAACCUGCUCUCUAGAUUGAAUGUUCUACGUACUACUAGUGAAGGCGAAAGAAGCGACAAUGACAGCACUGAUCGCGCGACUCCAACCACUGGCCGUGGUGCCAUGUCGGAAGCCUUACAGACCAAGAGUAAUCGCAAGCGCAGAGGAUCAUUGCGAAAGGCAGUGCUAGGCAAAGGGCGAGAUCGCAAAGGCUCAGAGAAGAAGUCACCUUUAUCCAGUCCGAAACCUCCGACUACAAAUGUGACUACACCACCUAUACCGAUAGACAAUACCGAGGAGGUUGAAACACCAAGAGCAAGCAGCGAGGUCCGAGAUGAACAAGAGAUCACACCUACACCAGAACUGCCGCCUCGAUGGCCCUUGAACUUCCGAACACUAUCUCGUGUCUCAAUCCCAUCUAUCCGCUCAAGCGUGGCAUCAUUUGAGCCCAUCUCCUCCGCCGCCUCCAUCCUCACAUCUCCCACACUCCAGACAGACAGCACAGACGACGAUGCCGAACUACACAUCCCCAGCCUCGUGGCCGCUCGACAAGCACAAACGCCGCCCAAGAAACCCCUACCAGAUGCCGACUCAUACUUUCCCGUCCCCGUCUCUCACAUGCGCAGACCCUCACCCCUUUCCGGAUCCUCAAUUGGCCUCGCGGUAGCCGAAGAAGAUGACUCUGUCCUUGCAAAUUCAGAAUGGGACUACUCCGAGACAGCUUCAUGGGGCUACUUCAUUCUAACCGUUACCUGGAUCGUCUUUGUUACAGGCAUGGGCAGCUGUUUCGGUGUGUGGUCAUGGGCGUGGGAUGUUGGCGAGACACCGUAUGCGCCGCCGGAGUUAGAGGAUGAUCCUACGUUGCCGAUUGUGGGGUAUUAUCCGGCUCUUAUGGUGCUUACGUGUAUUAUGGCUUGGGUCUGGGUUGUUGUUGCUUGGGUAGGGAUGAAGUAUUUUAGGCAUGCGGAUCUGAGGAGUGAUGAUAGGUGA